CUAUCCCUCCUCAACUUGCCAAAAGAGUUUUCUAUUAUUAAUCAUUAUUUCAAAGUCGGCCCUCGUUCAGGUAUCGGAAGUCGCAGGCCCCGUACCUAGUAACCGAACAUGGCCCGGAUUUCCUCGACCCUCCGGGCAAGUGUGCUUUACGGCCUCCUAGCUGUUGCUAGCGCCGAGGCUGCUCUCUCCCCGACCCCGAAGCCUAGGCCGCUUCGCCUACGAUCGCCCCAGGCUGAUCACUCGGAAUCGGAGUCUGAUCCGGCCACCAUCACUGCCGUGUCAGAAUGCCAUUUGCAUGGAACAGUACAAUACUGUCAAGCCGGAACCACCGAGUUCAGGAUAUCAGGGACUGCCACUGCCUCAUCCUACACUGACUGCCACAACCAUGGCGCCGAAACGUUUUGUAUGGCACCUACCGGGGAGGUCCAGAUCUUCGCCGCCGAGGCAGCGCAAACGACGACGCCGACCCCAACCAGGGCCGACUCGACCAGCUCGAGCAUCACGGCCGUGUCCGAUUGCCAUGCCCACGGCUCUACACUCUUUUGUAUGGCCGGGACAGCCGAGUAUGAAGUUCACACGACCGUGACGGCGACCCAGGAUAUCCCUCCUGCCUACACCGGGUGCCACAGCCACGGAACGGAGACCUUCUGUAUUGGCCCGGAUGGAGAAGAGGUCGAGCUCCACCCGGCCGGAGAGGAGGAGGAGGAAGAUGGAUCGGGGGGUCAGAACUGCCACUUCCAUGCCGGUGUCGAGCAUUGUGUCGGGAGCUCCGGGGAAGAAGAGGAACACAGUUGCGAGCGGGUCGACAGGGACUACAACAUCCGUCUCCGCGUCGGCUUGCUCUUCGUCAUGCUGGUAACCAGCUCCAUCGGCGUUUUCGGCCCGAUCCUCGUGGCUUCCUACGUCUCUCCUUCCCAUCCCGUCUUCACCGUCCUGAGACAAUUCGGCACCGGCGUCAUCAUCUCGACCGCCUUCGUUCAUCUCUACACGCACGCCACCCUGAUGUUCGAGAACGAGUGCCUCGGCGAGCUCACCUACGAGUCUACCGCCUCGGCCAUCCUCAUGGCCGGGCUCUUCCUGUCGUUCCUGGUCGAGUACUCCGGCAACCGGCUCAUCCAGUGGCGCGAGUCCAAGGCCAAGGCCAAGGAGGGCAGCAUCGAGUCCGGCGCCGACGCCGAUGCCGCGCCGGCCGCCGCCCGCACCGACAUGGUCAACAUCGUCGUUUUGGAAGCCGGCGUCAUCUUUCACUCUCUACUGAUCGGCCUCACCCUCGUCGUCGCGGGCGACAGCUUCUUCCUGACCCUCUUCGCCGUCAUCGUCUUCCAUCAGAUGUUCGAAGGCCUCGCCCUCGGCACGCGCAUCGCCGCCCUCGGCCGGCCCUGCCCGACCUCCGCCCCCGAGACGCCCGGACACGGCCAAGCCUUCCCCAACGGCCACAACCACGCCCACGGUCAUGAGCAUUACCACGCCCAGGACGACCAAACCGUCGACGACCACCCCGCCGAGCCCGCUGACCCCAAGGCCGCCGCCGCCACACAACCAAGCGCCACCUCCAAAGAACAAGAGCCCGCGAGCGGCGCCCCGUCCGUCUCGAACGAUCCCGCGGCCGCGUCCGGCCAGAAGUUGAGGGGCGGCGGCAGCAGCAGCACCAUCACCAGCGUCCCGCUGAGCAAGAAGCUGCUGCUGGCGGUCGCGUUCGCGCUGGUGACGCCGGUGGGGAUGGCGAUCGGGAUCGGGGUGCUGCGGCAGUUCAACGGCAACGACCCGUCGACGGUGGUGGCGAUCGGCACGCUCGACGCCCUCUCGGCGGGGAUCCUGAUCUGGGUCGGCGUCGUCGAGAUGUGGGCGCACGACUGGAUGCUCGGCGGCGAGAUGACCCGCGCCGGGCCCGCCCGCACCGCCCUCGGCCUCGUCGCCCUCGUCGUCGGCAUGGCCCUCAUGAGCCUUCUCGGCAAGUGGGCUUGAUGCGGACGGGGAUAUAUAUAUAUAUAUAUAUGUACACACAUAUAUAUGUGUUCAUUAGAGUGAACAUAGGGAUAUUGGUUUUGAUCUUGUUUCCGUGUGCUGAUGAUACCUUGGGACAGCAAGGAGGGAGCCAUUUUUUGCUUCAUGGUGCCAAUUAAUGGCUUCGUAAAUGAUAUGGGAUGGUCUAACAAUGGAAAGGCACGAACGGUGUUUGGCAUUGCGGUCAUCAUCAGUCUAUAUCAGCAUCUGGCGUUCUCUCUAGAAUCAUAAUCGACCUGUGCUGGAAUUAUAAUUCUUUACGAUAAUUACUAUUUGAGGCUGGUGUGCCGUGUGCACCAUGAUCUAGGGUGCGGUGUGUUGCACACAAUCAAGAUACCAAUGCAGCCACUUUGAUAGCCUUUUUACCGUGCUGUCA